AAACACAAACGUCAAACAAACAGUCAAGGCCAGUGCAGACCUAUCAGCGAGCAAGAGAUAUCGCAUCCAGCCAGCUUGCUGGCCAUGAGCUUCUUCCUUCUGACUAAACCUCAAUAGAAGCUAAGCUUGCUGUACUUGCCUUCGAUUUAUGGCCACUAAGAUUCUGCAGCCACCAAUCCAAGCUUCCCCUGUAAUUGCUCCAAACCCAAGAGCCACAAAAAUUAUUAAAACGCAGAGAUUUCUCCCGGCCACACAUCCAUGGACCAAGAGCACAAUCUUGGGCGACUGCCCAUCUGGGUUUACUCCCAUUUACACCAACAAAGUUACAGAACAGAGCUCUGGCAGUGGCAUAGUUGGGGAUGAAACACUUGCCCAGAUCAAAACAGAGCUUUCCCAGGCCGUACAAGGAGUAAAUAGAGGUAUAUUUGGGAUCCCAUCUGCGAAGAAAUCUGAGAUUGAAGGUUUGGUGAAGCUGCUAGAGUCUCAGAAUCCAACUCCAGAUCCUACUGUGAAUCUAGACAAGGUGGGUGGAUGCUGGAAGCUAGUCUACAGCUCCAUUACAAUCCUGGGUUCCAAGAGAACGAAGCUCGGAUUGCGAGAUUUCAUUUCCUUGGGAGACUUUUUUCAGACCAUUGAUGUUUCUAAGGGAAAAGCAGUGAAUUUGAUCAAGUUCAGUGCAAAGGGACUAAAUUUGUUGAAUGGACAGCUCACUAUUGAGGCAUCCUUCAAGAUUGCAUCAAAAUCAAGAGUUGAAAUUACUUACGACAAGUCGUCCAUCACUCCUACCCAGUUGAUGAAUGUGUUCCGGAAAAACUAUGAACUUCUACUUGGCAUCUUCAAUCCACAAGGCUGGCUCGAGAUUACAUAUGUGGAUGAUGAAAUCAGGAUAGGGAGGGAUGAUAAAGGCAAUAUAUUCAUAUUAGAGAGAUCAAGAGAAAAUGGACCCUGAGGUGUUGUUUAUUAUUCACUGCCAUAAAUCCCAGUUAGAAGAUCAUUUUGGAAGAAGGGCUUAAUUACUUCAUUAACAUAACAAUCAUCAGUGAUUUAGUUCAAAAUAUGUUAGGUCCUAUCUCAAAAAAUAAUCCAGUGGAAAUAUUAGGGCAUGAAAAUUUGUUUCGAUUAAGGACCCAAUAUCUACUUAAAUUCUAGUGAAAGCAAGUGGUCUAUGUUUUCACAAAAUUUUGAGUUGUAUAUUGGAUGGUUACUUUAUCUCAAAAUCUGUCAUUUGGUUACAAAGGCAUCUUGCCACUUUCAAAAGCUAA